UCGACCGGCCGGCAGCCGCGGUAGCAAGCAUAGCCGGCAAACUCGGAUCGACUGGGGCGGCUCAACAAUGGCGGCAGCGCCGGUGUCCGUGCCGCGCAUGAAGCUGGGGUCGCAGGGGCUGGAGGUCUCGGCGCUGGGCCUGGGCUGCAUGGGCAUGUCGGCGGUGUACGGCGAGCGCAAGCCCGAGGCCGACAUGGUCUCGCUCCUCCGCCACGCUGUCGCCGCCGGCGUCACCUUCCUCGACACCUCCGACGUCUACGGCCCUCACACCAACGAGCUCCUCCUCGGCGAGGCGCUGCGGGGCGGGGCGCGGGAGGAGGUGCAGCUCUCCACCAAGUUCGGCAUCACGCCGGACUUGAGGGAGGUGCGCGGCGACCCGGCAUACGUGCGCGCGGCGUGCGAGGGCAGCCUCCGGCGGCUCAGCGUUGAGUGCAUCGACCUCUACUACCAGCACCGCAUCGACACCACGGUGCCCGUCGAGGCCACGAUUGGUGAGCUCAAGAAGCUGGUUGAAGAAGGGAAGAUAAAAUACAUCGGACUAUCCGAAGCGUCUGCAUCGACAAUCAGAAGAGCGCAUGCAGUUCAUCCCAUCACCGCCGUCCAGCUGGAGUGGUCUCUCUGGUCACGAGAUGUCGAACAAGAUAUAAUCCCAACCUGCAGAGAACUUGGCAUUGGUAUCGUGGCAUACAGUCCAUUAGGCAGAGGGUUUUUCUCCAGUGGAGCUAAACUGGUCAACGAACUGCCUGACGGUGAUUUUCGCAAGAAUCUACCAAGAUUCCAGCCUGAGAACCUGGAGAAGAACGCCCUGAUAUUUGAGCGUGUCAGUGCGAUGGCCGCAAGGAAAGGAUGCACCACAUCGCAGCUCGCUCUAGCCUGGGUUCACCAUCAGGGAAGUGAUGUCUGCCCUAUACCUGGAACCACAAAGAUCGCCAACUUCAACCAGAACCUCGGAGCGUUGUCGGUGAAGCUCACGCCCGAGGAGAUGACAGAGCUCGAGUCCUAUGCCGCCACAGACGAUGUCCAAGGUGACCGGUAUCACAGGACAUUUCUAAACACCUGGAGAGAUUCUGAGACCCCUCCUUUGUCAUCUUGGAAGGGCAAUUAGAAAUGUGCUAUUAUCAUCUUAGUUCAUUGACAGGAGCAAUACAUGUGUUUGUGUUGCUUGCAUCAGAGCACCUCUAGCUAGGUGAUGAUAUAUCACACAAGCAAAUAAAUGUUCUAAGGAUCUUUGAAUAUCUUGUUUCUCAUUAAUAUAAAUCGCUUUUUAU